AUUAGGAGUAUUGCCUUUAUGCUCACUUAAACAAGUGAUCGUAUUAAAAUCACUGCCAAUAAACCAUUGGUGUGAAAUGACAGAGGUGUCAAUAAUAUUUUUCAAGAGUGUUCUUCUUUCUCUUCCUAUGUGCUUUCCAUAUACUCUACUAGAAAUUUCCCAAAAACCUUGACCAUAUACACUGGAACUCCUAAUCAUUUUCCCUUUUCAAUGGGAAUACAAGAAGUUCUUCUCAAUACGUUGUCUAAAUUCACCUUGGAUGGAUCCAUAGAUUGUCCAGUCAAGACAAAACCUAAGCGAUCCAUCUUUCUUAGAUUUAGACCUAGCCCUAAAGGAUCUUUUCUUCAAGUCCUAGAAAGGAGACAAGAUCGAAGGAAUAUGAUAUUCAUCCUGAAGGCCAACAAGCUCCAUGGACAAACCAGUACAACGUGGGCAGUCCUAGCCGAAGCAAUGCAAGGAAGGCAGUGAAGAACAAGGCUACAAACACCAGCAGCACUUGAAUCCAAGGCCCUGCAAAAAAGAGGAGAGGCGUGU